CCUGGAUGAUAAUCAUCGAAGACGGGCAAUGCAGCCAUACAAGCCAUUUCCAGAGGUCAGGCAUCCAACGAUGGUACAAACAGCCCUGGGACACAGCGAACGAGGUGGACUCGCUGCGAAUGACUCGGAAGCAGUAUCGAAUGGUGGACCGCCCCCGAUUCAACAUCGAGCAAGGACUUACCAGGCCUUCCCGGGUGCCCAAUAUAUUCUCCCCUGCGAUGAAGAGGAGCAGGCACGGCUGGAGCUGCAACAUAGGGUCCUGCAAAGAGCGAUUGGCGGCAGGCUGGUGAUACCUCCUCUUACCCUUCAACCGGGCGACCACGUCCUUGACUGCGGUACCGGAUCAGGGAUUUGGUUGUUGGACUUGGCCAGUCAGGAAUCCCCGGACAUUGUUUUCCGGGGUAUUGACAUCGAGUCAAGGCUCUUCCCAGUGGUCAAGCCGCCAAACGUAACGUUCUCCGUGGGGACGACAACGCAACUUCCAGCUGAAUGGGACAACCAGUUUAAGCUGGUCAACCAAAGGCUCCUUAUAGCCGCACUAACUUCGUCCGAGUGGCCGCGCGUGCUGAAAGAGGUUCGGCGUACUCUGGUCUCUGGAGGAUGGGUGCAACUUCUUGAGGCGAAGCGCUGGGGGGCGGAGGAUGGGCAAUGGAGCGCAAAGCACAGAAAACUGCUUAACGAACUCUUUGCCGCAAAGCGAUUGGUCAUAGACUGCUCAGUUCAACUGCCCCAUUUCCUCAAGGAAGCCGGAUUCGGAAACGUGCAUGUCGAAGAGUACAGGAUCCCGGCGGGGAGUUGGGCAGGCACAGUAGGGAUCGAGACAAGAGACAAUUUCAUUGGGGUAUUCCGCGGGAUGAAGACGCCGAUCCUCAAUGCAGGCGGUUUUGGAUAUGUCACAACGGAGGACGAAUAUGACCAAUGGAUGACCAAUAUGGCUGAGGAAUGGGACACUAUGGAAGGUACCACAGUCGACAUCUGUGUUUGCUUUGCUCAGAAGAUGUCUCAGGAGUAG